ACGACUACAGGGCGGAAAUGUGGCUGUACGAUGAAUGAAAACAACAACAGUACAAACACAGUCACGAUCUACAUUCAAAAACAUCUUUAUAAUGGGUAUCACAAAGUUGGCAGAUUUAAUUAGAUUUGACGCGCCAACUUCUAUUCGCAGCAAAGAGAUCAGCGAUUAUUCUGGGAAGAUUGUUGCACUGGACACUUCCAUCGUCCUGAAUCAGUUUCGCUCAGCCGUCCCCCAUCUAGAGCUAAGCCCUCUUACAGGUUUAUUUUACCGCACUCUGACUUUCUUGGAACAUGACAUUAAGCCUGUCUUUGUAUUUGAUGGAAGACCGCCUGAUCAGAAGCGAGCUGUGCUGGAAAAAAGAGGUCAAAGCACCGGGUGGAUCAGCUCACAGAGCUCCAAUAAUUAUGUGUCCUAUCUUACACAAGACUGUCUUCGCCUUCUGCAGCUCAUGGGUGUGCCAUGCAUCAGGGCUCCAGGUGAAGCAGAGGCACUAUGUGCUUAUCUGGUCAAGAGUGGCACAGUUAAUGCUGUAGCAUCAGAGGACAUGGACACACUGGUAUUUGGAGGGACUAUUCUUCUACGUCAGCUUAAUGCAAAGAAAGACAGUGAAGUGACAGAGUACUCCUUACCAAAGCUUUUGGAAGCUCUACAGCUGACACAUAAAGAGUUUGUUGACCUGUGUAUCUUACUGGGCUGUGACUACUGUGAAAAAAUUGGAGGUCUUGGGCCAAGUCGGGCACUGAAGCUCAUUAAAGAGCAUCAUACAAUAGAGGGGGUGAUGGAACAUGUCAACAAAAAGACACACCCCAUCCCUCCAAACUGGCAGUACAAAGCUGCCCGUAAGCUGUUUUUUGAAACGCCACAAAUUGACACCCCUGAACUAGUUUGGAAAGAGCCUGAUGAAGAGGGAUUGGUGCAGUUCUUAUGCAAAGAGAAACCUUUAAAGGAAGAAAAGGUGAGAGGACGCAUUAAAAAGUUUCGUGAGUCACUGUCAAAGAAAAGGAAACAGAGAGAGGUGGAGGGGCUAACUAGACAGUCUCGCCUUGAAGAAUAUUUUCCUGCAACUCGGAGGAGAAAGGCUGAGUCUGCAGUAAUGGGAGGAUCCAGUGUUAGAAAACGAUCAAAGAUUAAAUAAGACUCUUCUUGAACCAUUGGUACAACCAUCACAUGGACAGAACCUUCAAAACUUGAGACCAUCUAAUAAUGGAGAUCUCUUCGAUAUAUUUUGGAUGGUUCACUAAAUAUUUAAUUUUGUUUAAAUGGCAGCAUAAUGUCCAACCAGUGCCAAGAGAAGAUAUUUUUAAUGUUUUUUAAUCAUGAGAAAAAAGCUUUUAUGUUUGGUAACCUGUUUUCAAUCACAGUAAACCACCAGUUUUAUGACUAAAACUGUAAAAUU